UUGCAUUCCCUAAUUGAAUGAAACAUAAACGAUUGUCUCUUCUCUCGGUUACUCUUGCAGAUCCAUCAAAAUGACUGAGGAAGUUCAAACACAGUCGCACACCCAGCAAUCCCAACAGCAGCAACAACAAUCCAGUCAACCCCAGCAAAAGCAACGGUUAGGCCCCAACGACUAUCGCAACUCGGAAUUCGUUUCCAAAUUGAUGGCUGCCAAUCCACCGUAUUUGUUCGCUCCGGCAAUUGGACCACACAAUUUCUUCUUCAGCGAAAUGCUUCGGUCCCUUGUUGCCAAUAAGAGGAAUGAAAGUUUACGAAACGCCGAACAAUUGCAUCAUCAACAACAGCAACAGGCUCAGGCCCAAGCUCAGGCCAUGUCGCUUCCUGCCCGGCGACCAAGAAAACGAUCCUGGUCGCAGCACCGUUUGUACUCAGAAUCCCCGAAGGAAAGUAAAGAUUCGGAAGAGAAACCCACCGGACACCCGGAAAAGCCGCUGGAACUGACCAACAAGCUAUCAGCAUUCUCCAGAAACAUCACCUCAAAGUACGAGGAAUCCAUUGAAAACUUCAAACCUUCCCCAGAUGCGAAACCUCCAAAUGAGAAACCGUCAAUGAAUGCAAACCUAAUUCCAGAUCCACUGACAGCAUCCAUGCCACCGUCUGAUUUGAUUCUUCCCCCUCCACCACCGGUAUGGUAUCCACCCCUGUACCCACCGUAUGGAAUCGAUCCACUGCAUUUCUUCAUAGAUCUUCGCGUCUCAGGGCAUAUCUACGACCGCAAGAAAGAGUCCUCUUCCCCCAACUCGGACGGCAUCAAAAGCGAACAUUCCAAACUGAUCGGCUCCAACGAUCGACAAGGAUCCGCCUUCAGUGUUCCCAAACCACGCGAUGGUCUCAAGCCAAACACGGCAGCCAUCAAUCUAGCUUCGCCACCUCUUCCGGCAGAUGGGGACGAGAAGACGCCCAAAGAUCCGUCGGCCCUAUUCCUCAGCGAGUUCAAGGAGAACAAGUACGACAUUAUCAAGAACACCAACUAUGUUAUGCAGAACUUGCCACGAAUCUACGGUGAUUUGAACUCUCCGCCAAAGGAUGGUACAGUUGGGGAUGAUGAAUUGAGUGGCAAUUUGAGCGACGAUCAACUGGACUGCCACUCGGUGGGUUCGAACGAGGAUUGCUCCGGCGAGGAUGGGAAGUUUCGCGACUCGGAUCUAAACGUGAUAUCGGAUGAAGAUGAAUCCAUUGCAGUGGACGAGAAUUAGACUCUGUAGUGAAAUAUUCUUCUAUUUGUAACUUAUUCAAAUAAUAAACGUUGUUGAUGUGUUGAAAGCUCUGAAUAAAACUCUUAAGAACCUA